CACACAAAAUCCCUGCACCUUACAACAAAAAUCUCUGGCAACAAGAACACCAACCGUCUCGAGCUCUUGCUUCAAAAUCCAUGGCGGCCAUCAACCAAGUACACAGCAUUACAAAUCCCUCCAUUACAAAACCAUCACAAUCUGGCUUCUUUAUUAUCAUGGCUAGGUCGUCACCACCUUCACUCACCACCAACGCUGUUCCCUUCCUUAAUCUCGCAAAAUUAUCUACCAAACGAUGCUUAAUUCCGUCUUCCAAGGCGUCCCCGGCGGACGCUAUUUUGCCCACGGGCGCCGACGACGAGGAUGGAGUUUCUUUGGGAACUAUGAAACUUCCACCCGACACAGAUGUUACUAGGUUCGAGACUUUGUUGUUUCAGUGGGGAAACAGUCUAUGCCAAGGUGCAAAUUUGCCUCUUCCAGUGCCACUGAAGGUCGACAAAAUCCCUGGUGGAGCUAGACUCGGUUUCAUUACAAUAGGAAAUGGAGAGACUGAAGUUCUUGUGUACAUAGACUGUGUUGUAUUUCCGGGCUCCGAAAACUCUGGCCCAAUGUUUCGGGCCAUAAGAAAUGGGCCAAAGAAAGCCCAACCGCCUCCCGGAGAACCAAGAAUCAUGAGAAGUCUAUUAGAUGCCUUGAGGAAAUGUGUUGAAAUAGCAAGACUUUAAUAUUGAUUUUUUUAUUAGAGUGGGAUUUGUGAGAUCUGCUGUCCUUCCUGCAAUACUAUCUUAAUAUUGAAAAAGUCAACUUUUAUACCCCAAAGAGAAUGCAGUUUCAUGAAUUAUUCACCAGCACGGACCUUUUCUUUCAUUUGACUUUGAAGUUGGAUUGAGUCUUAUAUUUUUUAAAUUCAAGUUGUAGUUGAUGUUUGUUAGUCGCAGGUUUCAGACUCACAAACAAACAGGUUGCAUUUUAAUUAUACUCUCUGACCAUUUCCCUCCACGAGCAGUUCCCAUGAAGAUAACGUUUCCAAGUUGAAUUAAGGACCAGAAAUACUAGGUUCAGUUGCAGCUUGUCGUUUGUCGAUGGCUGGGUUUAAGGUCUGUUUGGUAGAGAAAGGGCGAAGGUGGGAAGCUCAGGAUUUCCCAACUGAUUGUUUCAAGAUGAUGUCAGCAGUGAGGAUGGGAUUUAGGAAGUUGGGGUUACAGUUCGGCUUAAAAAAUGCUCUGUUUCAGUUCACAACUUCUGAUAAUGCAGCUGCAAAUACAAGAAGAUGCUCUGGUAGCCACUGCAUGCGGCCUUGGUGGAGGCUCACUGAUCAAUGCAGGAGUUAUGGUGCCUCCCACAUCUCGUGCGCGAAAGCACCCAAAAUGGCCAAAGGCAUGGGAAAAAGAUUGGGACUCGUGCCAAGCUUGUGCUUUGGAUAUGCUGAGGGCUGAGACUGUUCCUAUGAAGUUCCGAAAUUCAGAGAUUGUUGAGGGAGUCUUAGGUGAAGAGUAUGAUCAAAAGAAUGGAAAUCCGAUCAAGCUGAGUGUGAACUUUGACGUGGAGCAGCUUCCGGAUUCAAAGAGGUCUCCAAAAACCGGAAGCUGUCUAGCUUGCGGGAAUUGUCUUUCUGGCUGUCCUUAUGGCGUGAAGGGCUCGACUGACAGGACUUAUUUGGCUUCUGCUGUGGAAGCUGGAUGCACCAUUAAAACAGAAUGUGAGGUUCAAUAUGUGGUGAGAAAUAAAAACCACAAGGGCAAAGAAGAAGAAGGAACAUUCAAAACGAGAAGCAAACGCCGGUGGCUUGUGUUCCUGAACGAGUUCGACUACAUAGAAGCUGAUAUAGUCAUACUCUCAGCUGGAGUAUUUGGCACGGCACGAAUACUUUUCCAAUCCCGAAUGAGGGGAUUGCAGGUCUCGCAGAAGCUGGGAUUGGGGUUGAGUUGUAACGGCAAUUAUGUCGCCUAUCUAGCUGGAAGCCCAGCUCCUCUGAGUUCUACCGGAUUAAACAGAAUGCAAGUUCUUAAUAAAGCUUUUGAAGAAAGGCCAGGGCCAUCAAUUUCUUCAUCAUAUACUUCUUCAUUGGGGUUCACCAUUCAGAGUGCAGUAACUCCAGCAGCCUACCCAAGCUUCCUAUUCAAAGGAAUCGCGACCUACGCGCUGCGAACCGGCCGAGGGGCCCCACACACCGCAACACACUUGCUAAAGCACGCGCUCCGUCUCGACUGUGGCCGUGAAAUGGUCCUCAACGUAAUGGGACACGACAACAGCGACGGCCGGCUCACUUUCGACAAGGACAAAAACGUAAUCUCAUUCCAGCCACCGCACGACCUUCUCCUGCCGCGAAAAGUCAAAGCCCUAGAGAAGAUCGCCGGAAAAUUGGGAGGCAUUCUCUUCCUGUCUCGGUUCGCGAGCACCGCCGUCCAUCUCCUCGGCGGCUGCACUGCCUCAUCCGAUGACUCCUCGUCGGGAGUUUGCGAUCCGGAGGGCCGAGUUUUCGACACGUCAGCAGGUGGGGCCCACGCGGGGCUUUAUGUGUGCGAUGCUUCGCUGAUCCCGUGUUCGGUCGGGGUAAAUCCGUGCCUCACGAUCGCGACUGUGGCGGAACACGUCAGCAGAGGUGUGGUUAGGGACAAUAUUGGAAAUAUAGGAAAUUUUGUGGGUAAGAAUUUUGACGAGAGGAGAAGGAAACAAAUUGGCUCGGUGGUAGUGACGACUCGAGAGGUGAUGAGAGGGAAAGUUGGUGGAAUGCCGUGCGCAGCUCAUCUGAAGUUGAGAUUUGGUGGUGUUGAUGAUGACUCGGAGAAUGCUACUGGGGGAUUUCACCCUUUGUUGAGAGGCAGAGUGGGUGGAUAUGUAGAGUGCAGGGGAGUUGAGAUGGAGAAGAUGUAUGUCAUUCAUGGUGAGGUUGAUUUAUGCAAGAUCGAUGGAAAAACUCCUUAUACGCAGUACAUGCACUAUCGUCUACUCCUUGCGGCUUCAUCUGGUUCGAGAUAUGUUCUUGAAGGGAGAAAGAUAAUGAACCCGUAUCUGCUUGCUCUGUAUGCAUGGAGAGAAUCCACGACUUUGAACGUGACGUUGAGAAAAAUUACCGAUAACUCAUCGAGCGAAGGCAUGACGAGUCUAAAAGGGAAGCUUCACGUUUCCUUGUUCGAGCUCUUGAAAAGCUUGUGUGCUCUUGAGGGUCGAAGCAAAAUCAAGUUUGUAUGCGCCUUUAUGCAAUCACUUAUCAGAACCUAUAUCCUACAAACACCUCGAGGAGGUCACACAAAUUGCACCCCUAUGAAUUUGGCUCGGGAAUCUUAUCCAAACAGUACAAUUCAUGAGAUUCAAACAGAAGAUAAUAUUACAAUUCGUUGCGAGCAUUGGCAAUGCAGCCAAGAGAGCUGGCAACUUAAGCAUGAGAAAAGAAAAUACCCUGUGUUGUUACUCAACGGUUAUGCAACAGAAAGUUAUUGCUUGCCUACCGAGCAAAAUGAUCUCAUCAGAACUUUACUAAGAGACGGGCAUGACGUGUGGCUGCUGCAUGCAAGAAUGCACUGGUCGGUUGCUUCAAAUCACUUUUCAGUUGAAGAUAUUGGCAGAUUCGACAUCCCAGCUGCAAUUGAUAAGAUCAUUGAUUUCUAUGGUGAAUCCGUAAAACUACACGUUGUUGCCCAUUGUCUUGGCGGUCUAGCCAUUCAUAUCUCGCUCAUGGGUGGCCAUGUUUCGGCUAAAUAUAUUGCCUCGUUGACUUGUACAAACUCUUCCAUGUUUUAUAAAGUCACCACUUCCUCACUAGUCAAAAUGUGGCUUCCCCUUGUGCCGAUGUCGAUGGCCGUGCUCGGAACAAACAAAAUACUCUCGAUGCUCCAAGAAUCUUCCGCAAGCUAUAGGCACCGUCUCCUAAAAUCAAUCGCGCGGCUAAUCCCGCGCUGCCAAAGAUGCCCUUGUGACGAAUGCGAAGUUUUCUCCGGAAUUUUUGGUAACGCGUAUUGGCACGAGAACAUAAGCCCGGCAAUGCAUUACUGGAUGAACAAAGAAAACCUGCCGAGGCUCCCAAUGGCCGCAUUUCCUCACCUAAGGAAAAUAUGCAGGGCCGGUUUUAUAGUAGACAGUGAGGGUAAAAACUCUUAUCUAAUUUAUCCCGAGCGAAUGGCAAUGCCGACACUAUACAUAUCCGGAGGGCGGACUCUUCUUGUUACUCCGGAAACUUCUUUCCUUGCGAACAAGUAUAUGAAGAUGCAUCAGCCUAGUUACAGGCAUGAGAGGGUCGUAGUUGAUGGGUUCGGGCAUUCGGAUCUUUUGAUUGGCGAGGAAUCGGGUGAGAUCGUUUUUCCGCAUAUUACGGAGCAUAUGGAGUUGGCUGAGGAGGAAAUGAGUGUUGGUGGUUUGGGGACUCAAAGAGAGUCAAAGUAUGUGAAGGAGGCUUUGGCAUGGAGUGUGGAUCCAUAUGAGGAUGAGGGGAAUUUUAGGAGUUGGAUUUUUGGUUUGAUCACUGUUUUGUUACUUGUGUUGCUUUUCAGUUUGAUUUUUUUUUUUU